AUGGGUGAUGGGCGUGCCCAGGUUCCACCAUCAGCGGUACAGCGAGUGCCCGCGGGGCUCUGCGGCAUCCCCCCGGGCAUCUCUGUCCGCUUCCACCCUGCCGCCUCGGGCCCCACCUGUGCAACGGGGCAGGGAGGUGCGCUGCCCUUUGCAGGCGUCUCCAUGUGCACCUUAAAAACUAGUGAAGUGUUUCUGGCUAAUGUCUUCCAGAGUCACGAAGAAGAUGACAGGAAGGUAAGGAGGAGAGAAAAAAAUCGCGUUGCCGCACAGAGGAGCCGGAAGAAGCAGACUCAGAAAGCAGAUAAACUUCACGAGGAAUAUGAGUCUCUUGAGCAAGAAAAUACAUCCCUGAAAAGAGAAAUCGGAAAGCUAACAGAUGAAAUGAAACACUUGAGUGAAGUGUUGAAGGAUCAUGAAAAGAUCUGUCCACUAUUGCACUGCACCAUGAACUUUGUGACCCUGCCAAGGCCCGAUGCACUCACCAGCUGCCUGCCAAGAUGA